UACACCCCUUGCGCGCCGCCGCACCUUAGUGAUUUGACAAAAAGGAAAUAAGAGAAGGCGAGUGGAGAUUACGGUCAGCAUCAUCUUUCUGUUAGAAGGGACCAGGCAAACUGCCGCACAACUCAUAUCUGCACCAUGAAGGAUCGCACGCACGAGCUCCGAGCUGGCAAGGAAAGUGAUGAGGAUGAUGAGGUGGCCGUUAGCCUGGACAAAGACCGCUUCAUGGACGAGUUCUUUGAGCAGGUGGAGGAGAUCCGGGGGUACAUCGAGGCGCUCUCUGAGAAGGUGGAGGAUGUGAAGAGGAAGCACAGUGCCAUCCUAGCUGCGCCUAACCCGGAUGAAAAGACGAAGGCCGACCUGGAGCAGCUGAUGACCGACAUUAAGAAGCUGGCCAACAAAGUGCGCUCCAAGUUAAAGAGCAUCGAGCAGUCCAUCGAACACGAGGAAGGCCUGAACAGGUCGUCUGCGGACCUGCGGAUACGCAAGACGCAGCAUUCCACAUUGUCCCGCAAGUUCGUGGAGGUGAUGACGGAGUACAACGCCACCCAGUCGGACUACAGGGAGCGCUGCAAGGGCCGCAUCCAGCGGCAGCUGGAGAUCACUGGCAGGAACACCACGAACGACGAGCUGGAGAGCAUGCUGGAGAGCGACAACCCCGCCAUCUUCACCUCGGGGAUCAUCAUGGACUCCAACAUCACCCAGCAGGCCAUGAGUGAGAUCGAGACACGGCACACUGAGAUCAUCAAGCUGGAGAACAGCAUCCGCGAGCUGCACGACAUGUUCAUGGACAUGGCCAUGCUGGUGGAGAGCCAGGGGGAGAUGAUCGAUCGCAUUGAGUACAACGUGGAGCACUCCGUGGAUUAUGUGGAGCGAGCGGUCUCCGACACCAAGAAAGCAGUGAAGUACCAGAGUAAAGCUCGGAGGAAGAAAAUCAUGAUCAUUAUAUGUUGUGUGGUGUUAGGCAUUGUAAUAGCGUCCAGUGUUGCCGGGACGCUGGCUUAGAGCACACGGCUACAGCAGUAGGAAAGAGUAUCCACAUGCCUAAACACAUGAGUCUCAAACACACAUACAUACACACACACACACUCCCUGUCUCUGCCUUUCAUCUUCACACAAGCACAUGCACACGUUUUGAAAUAUAUUUUAAAUGAAAUGAGUCGCAUUCUGUCAAACGAUGCACAAUGUACUGGAGGAGAUGUAUUUUUUAUGCAUGAGUUUUUUUUUUGUAAAUGUGUGUGGUUUUCGCGGUGUGUUUACCUGGGUGUUGAGUGUCGUAUGACAAAUUUUACAAAUGUUUUUGAGGUCUAAUUUUAAUGAGGGGGGUGGCGCGAGGGGGAUCUUGAAAAUGUUGCACGCACAUUCCAAACAAUGGCAUUUUCUAAUUAUUUUUCUAUUACAGUGGAAUAAGCAGCCUCUACACUAGUCCAUUUGAUGAUUUCUAAAUCUAAUAGAAAGACACAAUAGAUCUGUGUGAAUAUUUGGAGCAACAGCACCGGAUGUUGAGCAGAACAGGAAACGGUGUAAUUUAAAACAGUUUUACAUAAGUAAACAAAGACAAAAUUCCUGGGAGCCCCACUCUGCCCUCUUGGCAUGACGUGUCCUAGACCUGACUUAUGCAUGACAUCUCAGACGAUAUAAUGUUGUUCCGUGAAAAAACAAAGUCGUGAAAAAUCUUUGUAUUUAGAUCAUUGCUUUUGGACUCAAUUCGGUGACGGCUGCAUAAGACUGGGAUUAUCGUCACUCAGUAUUAUUACGACCAUCGAAAUUUCCCCACCCCAAUCGUCAUAGUAACGCGCUCUAGCAAGCUGCUACAAAGUAGCAUCUUCUGUCGUCCUUCUUUGGUUCUCAUGCGUUCUGUUGUGAGGGUGUGCUGAACCGUGUGCGUCUUUACGUUACAGGAAUCAUUCUGCCCGUCUGGUCCAAUUCUGCUGCAUAGUGGAGCUCUUUACUGCCUUGACAUUGAGUUUGAGCUAUAAUCCAAACUCAACUGCAAAUAGACAUAGCUAUGGGUUACACUCUAAGCUUACGGUGUACUCCGUGUUUUUCAAUGUAAUCCAUACCGUGCGACUGAUGUUAAUACCGGAGCCCAACAUUGCGGGACGUCUCACCCUUUCUAGUGUGCUUUUAAUUGUCCUGUGGUGCUGUUUUCGUUCCGUCUGGUCCGCGUGUGGACGUGCCUGGCCUGACUACAGGCAGCUGCCUAAAUCAGCCACCGAAUGCAUUCCAACAACUUUUACAUUUGACAAAAAAAAUAUAUAAAUAAAGGAAAUAACAGCCACGUUGCCUACGCAAGCCGCUGCCUUUGUUAUGAUGCCGCCAUGUUGUCUUUUGUGGUGAAGCUAUCCAGUAAAGAGCUGAGUCACAUGGUAACACAUGCCGAAUUCACACCAGUUGGGUCCGGACUCUGCUGGGGCUUUCUAACUGUGGACCAACGCUUCUCCUCUAAGCAGGGGUUAGCUCAUGAGCAGCACAUCCAUUUCACACGCAUCUGGCCAACGAUCUCCAGUGGGAGGUCGUUCAAAGUGUCAUGGGAGCUACUGGUAACACCGGCUGCGCUACCGGGAUGGGUCAGCAAUCUGGCUCGCGACCCCCCCCCCCCACCACCACCACCACCACCACCAUUUAGUCCUCACCACCCGCCUCACGUACACGUCCGCACAAAAAACAAGCGCGACCAACAGAGCUGAACAACUGAACAAACGUAGAAAGAAACGAGAAAAUAAAAAGUGCAUGUUGCAGCCAUUUUGGAGUUUCGAUGUAUUGUCCUCGCUUUCGUAUAGUGCCGUUAGUUAGAGGUGUGUUUUUUCGACAGUCCCGUGAGGCCUGGGGUUUUGUGUAUGUUUGUGCUGGAGUAUUCCUGUAAAGGUUACUAGAAGGGUGCUUUCUACACACCAUCGCCCCCCCCCCCCCCCCCACCAUGUACCAAAAGCUAUAAGUAACAUUGGGGUGUUGGUACGAGGACUGUACUUAGCAAUAUAGCGCAGGCCCUUAGCGACGUAUCUGAAAACCUCUUCACUUCGAGAAGAAGUAUUUGUGCUUCCACCAACACCCCAUUCCGAAGAUGCUUAUGCAUUGUCAGAAGAGUUUCUGAGCUGGGAUGUCCCUUUGGGGUGCCCCAUGCGAAGUGCUUAAUCGGAAAUAAUUGGGAUGAAAAGCGUUUGGUAGGACAAUGGGCCGUUCUGUAUUUAGACUCGAAUGACUAAUGGUGUUUCACGCACUCAGACGCCCACUCGAAAAUCCAGGUCUCCUGAAGAAAAAUGACAAGCGAGAAGCAACAAACUCGAGUUAUUCCAAGCAAGGCUCAACCAAGCGGAAUGAGGGUCUUUGUGCUAUUAGUGAAUGUCUUUGUGUCCUUAACAUCUUUUUUCUCUGAAGUCUUCCCUCCCUUAUUUUGUACUUUCAUUGACUUAAGUUCCAAUCAAUGGUGGAGUUGUGUUAGAAUAGUGUUGCGAAAGAUGUAUAUACGAUAUUUAGAUCUUUGAAAGGCAGAUGCGGGGGGGGAUUAGGCAUAGUUGUGCACAUCGGGUAGAGAGAGCAUUGAUAGGAAAAUACCUCUGUUAACACCAUCGUUGAUUCUGACAAAUGAGACGUGGACGCAGCCUUUCUGGAGUGCAACACAUUAUUGUGGGAGCCUAUACAGAUGUAAUAUAUUGUAACUAUAUCCACAGAGAUUAUCCCUUGCUGAUCAUUACUCCUAUAUAUAAAUGAUGAUAUGUAAUUGUGUAUGAAGGGUGUGUUGCAGUGUGAACCCAAAGUCUUUUUCCAAACGGAAGUUAUCCAUUACUACAGAGACAUUUACCUUUUCCCACAUAGAGGUACUUGAAUAGACGGCAUCUUGGAGAGGAAUUACUGCUGUUCAUCACUAUCAAACCCCAGAUAAUCAUUUUUCAAUAGGCUUCGUGGGACAGGUGAAUGAUAGCAUUCUGUAAUGAAGCCAGGUCUGAGCCAUUAAGGAGCCUUGAAGACAGAGGUCAGUAUGUUCCAGGUAGUCGCCUCGGCACCGUCUGAGGAACAGUGAGGGGUCACAGUGCACCAGCGUUGGAUGGUGUCCUGUACACCUGUGACGGGUUAACUGGAGAGAAACGAGACUUUAAAGGCCUGGGUGGGUGGGGUUAUUCUUUGCUGUCAAUCACGAGUCACCUGAUUUCCUAUUGGCCAUUUGACAGAUUCUCCUUUGUUAAAGCAGUGAGUGAUGCCAGUUUCACCUAAAAUUAUGUGGAGUACCUCUGCUAUUCUGUAUUAGGAAAAUUUCCCUAUAAGAAUGCAAAUUACUUCCUAAGCAUGCAUGCAUAUAUGCACGCGAAAUUCUUCCAGGUGACGUCACAGUGGGUUAAUCAGGCUGCAGACACAAUUUGAAGGAAUAAGGAAGCACAUUGCUGUUCUCGAUAUGCGUCACAGAACAUUUUGAUUUCGCGUUAUUGUCAGCAGUUUACUUAGAAGGUUUCAACUCUUUUUCGGGAGCACAAAAAAAAAAUUUAAUACUAAAGCCAGGCUGCCAAUCCCCCCCCCCUUGAUAAGCAGCUCCACCUGUGGUCAUUCACUGGCUGUGCUGUCACCUGUCGGCCAAAACCAAAGAUGCGUCAAGGCCCGAGUCACAUGCAGCCAAUCAGAAGUGCGAGUUUGCAGAAGAAUCCCGAAUCCAUCCUCGGAAGCUGUGAUGGACUCCAUUCCACUUUCAGAUCACAGUGCAACAGGCCGGAUGUUACGGCAGAAAAUAGAAUUUACAUGUCUUAUAUGAAUAUAUUCAUACAUUUUGACUUACUGUGGGACCAGCCAAACCACUACUGUUAACAAAUCAUUUUAAAUGAUAAUGUAACUGAAUAGUUUUGGGCAAUUACCGUGUAAUAUCCAUGUUCUAUUUUUUGUUUUUAUAAUGGCUGAGUAUUACGAUUUUAAAAAGCUUAUGCAAUUUUAAACAGUAAGGUGUCUGUAAAAAAAUGUUGUUGACUAUAAAUAAAAUGUUAAAAUUGUUUUGUGAA